AUGGGGAGACAGCCGUGCUGCGAUAAGAUUGGAUUGAAGAGAGGUCCAUGGACAGUGGAGGAAGAUCAGAAGCUCAUCAACUUCAUCAUGAAUAAUGGGAUACAUUGUUGGCGUCUUGUUCCAAAGCUUGCUGGUUUGAUGCGAUGUGGAAAGAGCUGCAGGCUAAGAUGGACUAAUUACCUUCGGCCCGAUCUUAAAAGAGGAGCAUUCUCUGAGGAUGAAGAGAACCAAAUCAUUCAACUCCAUUCUUGCCUUGGUAACAGGUGGUCCAAGAUAGCUUCAUAUUUCCCAGGCCGCACCGAUAAUGAAAUCAAGAACCAUUGGAAUACUCGAAUCAAGAAAAGAUUGAAGCUCCUUGGUUUGGACCCUGUGACCCACAAGCCCAUAGAACAGCCUGCAAAAUAUGACAGCUCAAGGAGUGACUGUGUUUCAGAAUCUAAUCCCUCGGAAGUCCAAGAAAAGAGCAUGGAGAUUAUGGACAUAGUUUCAAGCAGCCAAGAAGAACAUUUGAUGGAUGAUGAGAAACAAAAAGGCCAAGAAGAACAUUUGAUGAAUGAUGAGAAACAAAAGGAGGUCCAAUUUGGCUCCAAUAACACCAUUGUUUUGCAUGGGAAUGGGAUGUCAUGGGAAAGCUUGGAUGUUGAAGAGAUGAAACCUCAGACCAACCCUUCAAGCAGCUUCAGCACUUCAUUCUCCGUAGAUGACACUGGUCAUGCGGGUUCCAGUCUAUGCUGGUUUGAUACUAUCGAUUCUUUUCCUUCGUGGGAAGCAUUGUAUCCUCUUGAAGAUGUCUUUCCAUUUGGGAAUUUCCCAUAA